AUGUUAGAUGAUGAUGGCUGGUUGCAUACAGGUGAUAUUGGAGAAUGGAAACAGUUGGUCGAAAAAUGCAUUUUGAAGUUGUCGCAGGGCGAAUAUAUUUCUCCUGAUAAAAUUGAAAAUGUUUCCAUCAAAUGUCCUUUCGUCGCUCAAGCUUUUGUACACGGUUCUACUCUUAAGUCAUUUCUUGUUGGAAUCAUUGUUCCUGAUGAAGAAAUUCUUACAAAAUGGGCCAAAGACAAUAACAUAAACAAACGUUUUGAGGAAUUAUGUCAGGAUACGGCCGUCAAUAUCAUGAUUCUGAAUGACAUCAUCUCCAGAGGAAAGGAAGCAAAGUUGGCGUCGUUUGAACAGGUCAAAGGAAUUCAUCUUCAUUCGCAACUAUUCACUCCAGAUAAUGGAUUACUAACUCCAACACUUAAGUCCAAACGAUUUACGAUGGCGAAAAGAUUUAAUGAUGAAAAAUUGGAGAAGAAUGAAAAAUUGGAGAAGAUUCCAGCUAAGCCGAAACUUUAAGGCUCAUGGCUGUUUUAGAUCCUUUAUAGUUUAGUUUGAUCGCUUAAUUCUUCAGGGUAAAAAUAUUUUGAAGACAAGGGUUUAAAAACUUGUUGCUCUUAAAAUAGAAUUUAAACGUCAAAUUAUAUAAAAUACAAAUAACAUAAUGAAUAAAGAGCGACUGCAGAGCAUAUUCUUUAA